AUGGUGAGGAUCAGAGAACCUGAUGAGAACCGUUCUCAGAUAAAGCUAAGGAGGACGGGUUCAUCUGUUACAUGUAGCAACUGCAGCCAAUAUGGACAUAAUAGAAGGCAUUAUUCCAAUCCAAUAGUGUCAGAACCUGGUCUUGCUGCUGCCGGCAACGGAGAAGAUCCGAAUGCUGCUAACACUGUGCCUACUGCUGCUGCUGCUACUGAUCCUGCAGCUGCUGUUGACACUGAUCCUGCUGCCGACAACAGAUCCGGUGUGAAUAUCCACAUAUCUGAGCGAAUAAGGCAAACAGGGGUAGGCAGGGGAAAAGGAAGGGGCAGGGGAAGGGGUAGAGGAAGGGGUAGAGCUGCAUCUUCACAACCACUCCCCACCACACCUACAUCUUCCCAACAGCUACCCGCCACACCUACUGUUGCUGCCUCCACUCAACCACCUCCCAUACUUGCAACUUCAGCUUCUCAGGCUCCAACCACAUCCACCGGUGCAGUGGCUCCAACCACAGCCACCUCACAACAAGCCUUACCUCUUGAAGGGCCAGCCUCCCAGCCUCUCCUAACUGUGGCAAGUGCAAAAUCUCACUAA